AUGGCGGAUAUCAAAGUAAUCAAUAGAGUACCAGAAGAUACAAAGGAAAUUUCAUGCACAUCUUCGGGCAGCGACGCACCUCUUAUACCUCGUAAGAGAAGUCGCUUACUUGUGACGUUUGUCGUGGUUAUGGGAUUGAUGUUCGUCUGGGGAAUUGCUCUACUUCCGGCGAUUUUCUACGCAAACAAAUUGCCUGCACCGCCGAAGCCCCACAGUAAUAAGAGGUACGAACAUAUUAUUAUUUUCUGUUUUUUUUUUAAGAACAAAAUUAAUAUUUCUAUUUUUAGGGCAUUUCCAUUUUCCACUUACAAGGCAUAGGAGAAGCAAUUGUACGAUUUUUUGUGAAGGCAUUUGAUUUAAUAGCUCUGGAUGUUUUAUACUAAAAGGAGGAAGGGGGAAUGGGGAACGGGAAACGGGAAAUGGGAAACGGCAAUGGAAUUAGAAGUCUGGGAACAAGUAGUCAGCAGAACACCACAACAAAACGCACUUCGCAUAAGCAAAAAAUACAACAUCUGCGCGUGAUCACUUUCGUAUUUGCGAUUGCAUAUAGUAUAUAAACCAACUGAGAAAAUAUAAAAAAAUAUAAAUAUAUAUAUAAAAACAAAAAGCAAGAAACUAGAACAAAAGGUAAAGAAAAAAACUGUUUCUUUUGAAAAUUGAUUCAUUUUUCUAGUUUCAGAUUUUUGCACCAAGGGGUUUAAUUUCUGGUUGCACCAAUGCUGAAAAUGAUGUUUGAAGUUUGUAGAUGGAUUUGUUUUUACUGGCUUUCUUGUAUGUAACAUAUGAAACAGCAAACUGAUCCUUACGGCAAGGCAAUGAAGAAGUAAACAGAAGAAUAAAAUAAAUAAAUAUAUAUUUAAACAAAUUGCCCAAUACUUCGGUUUGAAAACAAACUUUCUUCAGGGGCUAAAAGCAUGGAAAUAAAACUAAACGUUCGUUACAAACAAGUAUAAUUGAAAAAGUGUCAAUAAAAGCAAUGGAUUGUUGUUGGUGUAGGUGGUAUCAUAUAUCAGUGAGCUUCAUCCCAUCUAUUUAUUCCUAGAGGAAAUAAUGUGUUUCCUUUGUGUAUUAAAUGAGCUUCUUGAGCCUUUCUCACUGCAUCAUGGUUGAUGGUACAUGUAAAUAAAACUACAAAGCGAUUGUGUGUUGUCAUUUUCCAAAUAAAGCUCGAAGUUUUAAGACAUUAAGACUGACAAACUGAAGAACCAAAACUGAAAACUACAAUACACAGGCUUGCAAUGAUAACUUUCUAUGUCGUAGUUUCAGCCAGGUUAAGUGAAAAAUGGAAGUCAAAAACUUUGUUUUUGUGAAAGAAAAUACCUGAUGCUCAAAUUAGCCAAAGUUACACAAGUUAUUAUCAACUUACCUUUUCUGAAACUAAUCGACUAGUUGUUUUAGUGAUCUGUGCCUGGUUAUCCCUAAAAGCAAUUUUAAUAGCUACAAAAAUAAUAAAAAAACAUGAGCAGCAUGAAGCAGAACAACAAAACACAAGCUGCACACAGAAUGAAGCCAUAUGACGGCUAUGAUAACAUGUAUCUUUGCUAAUAAUUCACCCGCCUCAUCCAGCUUUUGCUAUUUGUGGGCGGAGAUGCAUGGCAAAUCGAUGUAUAUGAAAAAUAAAGUAUAGAUUACUAAACUGGUUACAACAUCAUUAAUGAUCUCUUUGAAAAGCUCUCCAUACACAGAAUUCAGAGAACUCAUCACUUUCCAUGGAUUCUGGUUGCCUUGAAAGGAAUUUAGAGCGCAUCAUUUUAAAUUAAAGACCAACACCACCAUGUCAAGUCUUAAUGUCAAAGAGAAAGUGUGAAACGUACAGCAAUGUUAUGCCACAAGGACUCAAAGAGCUUUUGAUUUCAAACCUGUGUCAUGGAAAUAACGUUUUACUCCACAAUAAUGGCAAAAAAGGAAAACAGUGAAUCAAAAUGAUGGUAGCAAAAAGGCACAGCUUUUUCGCUCUUUUUUUUUUUUCUUCUCAGGAAAAGUUAGCAGGCUUGGAACGAACCGACAGCGUGUAUUCUCAAAGGAGAUAUCAUAUCUUUUGAUCUCAAAUCGUUUUACGCUAUUUUUUUGCACAUGUCUCUAAACGGUCAAAACAUUAUUUUCAGGAAACUUGUUGAAAAGUAAGAACUUAAGUAUUGGAUAAAACGUGUGUCGAUGCUGUCGAUAAUGGAGUGAUAAUAUGAAAGGCGAAGAUGGCUAUAAAGCCUGGUUUUCACUAGCGCUUAAGCAUAGGCAUAAGGCCAUACGCAUGUGCAGAAUGGCAUAUUUGACUCAAUUCUUGAUACCAGCAGCUCUCCUCAACCCAGUGAUAAACAAGAUGGCGGACGGUCAGCAUUAGAUCCCAUUGGCCGUAGCCCCUUUCUCCCCUCAUAAAAUUGACUCAAGGUAGAUCUGUUUUCUGCUUUUAUAUCACACUUAGAUGAUAUUUCAAGCUGGAAUGUUCAUGAAAGUGCAAGUCUCUUCAAUUUGAAAGAAAAAUAAUUCUAGACAAAUGACAGUAGGAUUCGAACCCAUGACCCAGAUUGUCCAGUAUACUACGCCAACCACUAGACCACUGAAGAUUUGCUGGAUGGAAGCGUAAUAAUUUAAGUACAUAAUUAUUAUAUAGCAUCAACCCCAACCCCCCCAAAAAAACCUAACCAGUUUCGAAACAGUGGAUAACCCUAAUCAGUAAAGGCAGUGCUUAACCCUAAUCUGUAAAAACCAGUGCUUCACCCUAAUUAGUAAAGGGGAAAAAUAUGUUGUGUAAAUUUCAUGAGGUAUCCAAAUUAAAAAGGGGCUGAGGUUGAUGGGAUGUAAUGAUAACCACGGCAAAUGCUUCGUCAGCCAUAUUGCUUUUGAUAUGUUGCACAAGGUCUGGGUCAAAGUGGCCUAUGAUUGGUCCACGGCCUUGUGCUUAUUCUUGUGCUUAUGUCGACCCUGUUUUCAGUAGUCAAACCUAUGACUUAAGCAUUGAGCACAAGAAUAAGAAGAAUGACCUUGUCCGUUUUUCUUGUGCUUAUGCUUAAUGCUUAUGUCAACCCAGUUUUCACUUGCUUACACAUGUGCUUGUGCUUAUGCUUAUGCUUAUGUGCUAGUGAAAAGCAGGCUUAAAGGAGCAGAAAAAGAUUCAUGACUAUCAUGAUGCAUCUGUAAACAAACUUUGUAACGUGACUACUCAAGAAUACCUGGAGAAUAACAAAUCGUCAACGAUACUGGAUGGCAACAAAACAUUAUUUAAUAAUGUUUUGAGAUGAAACUUGCUAAAAUUUAUCUUUGAACAGGUAGCUCCAGUCACUUGAACGGUCAACAAUUUUUUCUCCUAUGGAUAGCCAGAGCCGUUUGCAUGGCUGUCAUGUUUUUUUUGAGCCCAUGCAUGUCACUGGAAAUAAACAUUUCCUCUAGCCAUGUCCAAAAUACCUUCUUUCUCCAGACACUGUGACACGGCAACUGCACACGGCGUUGGUCCGAGGUCAAAUUUCCCUUGACCAAGGGUGGUUAUUUGAUUUCUCAUGCAAAGCUCAACGGUUCCUCGUAACGCGACACCGACUCUCUAGUGAGAAAGUUAAUUUACAUAACACACUCGUAAUGUGAGCUUGGGACUCCAGUGGUGUGUUUCACUAAUUAAGGAACUAAGCUCCCUAAACCCUAUAAAAAUGUGUCUAAGGAAAAUAUGCCUCCGGAAGGGGAAAUGAAAUCAAGGAAAACAGGUAGCAAGAUCUGUUGUGUUAUGUUACAUGUACUUGAAACAUUGAGUAGGUGUAAUGGGGCCACUAUAUACACAUCCAGUUGUAUAGUUACAGAAAGAGUUUUGGCACUCCAAUCUUUUGCCACUCAUCACUUGUGUGAAACCUUAGACUCUUUAUUUUCAAAACUACAGGCAGCUUGCUUGAAGGCUUGUCAACCACCUUCUUUUUAAUCUUAUAAGCUGCCAACCUCUAACAUUGAUACUUAAUGGUAGGUGCGCUGCAACAUUUAUCAAGCAAAUAAAACAGCUUGACAAACUGCAGGUUUAAGUCAUUGACACAUUCAGUUUUACACUGAGCUUGAGGUAUUUUUCUUAACGGUAAAAUAAUGUUCAUUAAAGAGAAGCAGAGCCCCCCUCUUCAAAAACAUUAAAGGAGUCCUGCAGAAAAAAGCACCCAGAGGGCUAAACAGAGGAAAUAUACUUCCCAUAUUUUAACAGCUAGCCUUUAGAAGGUACCUUCCAACCAAUGUACUUCCCCCAUGUAUGCGUGCAACCCUUAUUAAUACUGGAGCUAUUGUGGUUCACUUUUUUCCUAAGUUUUAAUUUUAUUCCCUUUGUUUUGAACUCAUAAUCAUAAAAUUCAUAUUACCAUACCCCAAAACAACGGGAAAAAAUUUAAAUUAAUCUUAGAAUAAAACUACAGCAUUAUAGCCAUUUGGUUCAAAUAACUGACUCUUUAAGAGCAUGGUUAAAGGUUGAUAUUCCUGCCUCAAUGUUUAAUUUGCCUUUUAUUGAUGCAAUAACUUGAUCCUUUGUUUUAAACCUGUAUCUUUUUAAAUAAUGCAAUUUGCAUUUACUUGUUAUCACAGGUUUGCCAGUAUAGAUUCGCUUGAGUUCCAAAUAUGACUGUGCUUUGAGAGUUUUCCUCCCAACUAGUGUCUUUCAACUGCUGUUGUGUGGGAGCAUAUUAUGUUUCCUAUGGAUAUGUUUGCUAACACUCAAAAAGGUCAAAAAUAUCAUGAAGUUAUUACCUCCGCGUUAUUUUAUUAAAAGCACCUCACAAGCAGAUAGCGGUGUUAAGGGUUGUGUUGUUUCAACGCUUCUCUAUCAUCUUAUUGCCCAUUUUGGAUUUUUGUGGAGGCUACUGCCGACUACUGGUUCCCAGACUUCCAUUCCCUGUUCCCCGUUUUAGUGACAUCCAAUAGUUCUCUAGCCUGCGAGCAAGCUCUCCGAGGCUCUCUGGCGGCAGGGUGGGAAGAGGAAGGAGAGCUUGCAACCACAUCUUUGGAAUUUGAAUAUCUGUAAAAAGCCGAUGCGAAAUGAUGAUUGGUGGAGAUGACUUUAGUAAUGAUGUCAGUACCCUUGGCACAUGUUUUCAAUGUUUGUAUACAACAUUCGUUUCCGCUUCACAGUGACUGGCGGAAAUCUGGCAGCUCAGUUGCUGGGAAGCCACGGGGGAAUUGGAGGUGGAAUUAAAAUUCCUGAGUGCCCCGGAGCUUGCUCGCAGGCUAAUAGUUCUCUAUCAUGAGUGUGAAGUUUCUGCUGCCAGUUUCAAUUAUAUGUAUUGCUGGUGAGGUUUCAAUUUCUCACGAGCAAGUUUAAACUCUCUGAAUCACAAGUUUUUAAUUUUUUGCCAGGGAGUUUUUUCUAGUUGUUUUGCAAAUAAAUGAGGUCAGUACAUGUGUAAUCCCCCCACAAAAACAAAAUUUAAUCACAAAAUGAAAGAAAUUGCCAUUAAGCCAUAAGAGCAGAUGUAAAAAGUCCAAACACCCAGAAUUUGAGCCAAGAUAAUUGUUUUUAUGAGCAGAAGAGAACAACAGCUCUGCACAGGCAACAUAUGCAUUGUGGCACAUUUCUUUGAUGAACAAGCAUAGAAAAGAUUUUCAACUUGAUGAACCUGUCUCAAAUUUAUCGCCCCAGAACAUAAACUAAUCCCAUUUCUUUGAAGUCCACAUGCACUGCAUAUAUAACUAUGACAUGAAACUUCUUAAUGUAACAUUUUUAUGGAGGGCAGCCUCAUCAUGGACAUCAUGUUUAAAGUCACAAAAUUUACCCUCAUCAGUAAAAUAUUGGUCGUCAAUUUCUGAUAUGAACAAAUCAGUUAGUAUUGACCAUUAUCAAUUGAUAUUUCUCUAUUUUCAUGUAGUUACAGUUACUCCCUGUUUUUUUUCUUUAGUAUUACAUGUAUGCCAAAGCCCCUGAUUUUUUUUCCUUAGCAUUAUGCCAAAGCCAAUGUACCCAUGUAACAAACCACUUGUUUACAAUGGCAAGAUGUGCGUGCCUCAUUGUCCUUGGGUAUUCUUCUCUCCUACUGAGGAUUAUGCUUUGAAGGUGGUGGACAACUUUGCUAUUGCUGUUAGUUUGCUGAGUUUUGUCAUCAUCUUAGCAACUUGGCUCCGAAUCAAACAGCUGUAAGUCUUAGAAAAUCACAAUGGUUGUGGGAGAUGGUUCUUUUUAAUUAGGGUAAAAAUCAUUAAUGUGAUUGCACGAUAAUAUUAUUAUGAAUGGGAUAUUUUUUAGAUGAUGGGUCUCUUUCUCGAGUUACUUUAACCCAUUCGUCCAUGAGCCACCCUUGCAGAUCCACGUCCUUUCUACCACAUCAGUUUUAAUGGUCAAGGACAACAUUUGUCUGCUAACUUGUGCAGAGUGAAGAGAUCUUUCAAACCAUACCAGAAUGAGCACAAUUCAGUCAAGGACACUGGAGAAAAAGGCAAAAAACCAUGUAACAUUGACCUGAAAAUUUCAUCUUAUCCUAAGAUCCAAAUUGUUGCUUUCCUGAAAACUUUUCCGACCAAAAUGAAGCCUACUAAUGCCCAGCAAGGGAAAAAAAAUGAGGCAAGAAAAGUGAAAAAGAGGGGAGGAGAGAAAGCGAAAGGAAAAGUCAAGACUGCUGUGUUGAGCUUUUAAAUGCAAAAACUAUCUUAAAAUUUUGCUUUCUGCGCAUGCCUGAACUUCGCAAGCUAAUAUUUUGCAUCUGGAUCAGAAGGCCGUCAAGUGUACGACCUGUAAACAGCUUUGUGGCAAGUUUUAGCUCUUAAUAGCACGACAGUGACCAGAAAACCACUCAAAUAGCUUCAAAAUGCGUUUCGAAGGGUUAGUCGCUGUCUCCAGCGGCGAAUAGGUUGAGCACUAUAUGUAUAUACCUCUAGUAAGAAUUGUAUUGAGACAUUUUUAUCAACAGAAAUGUACUGUACAUCUAACUCAAAAGCCACGUUGUGGGGAAUACAUAAUAAUUAUACCUCUCAAGAAUUCCAUGAAAUCUAUGUUGACCCUUGAAGAAUAUUAUUCUUUUAAAAAAUAAAUGUUUACCUCAAAGAACUGCACAAUUUUUUAAUCUACCAGAGGAAUUCCAAUCAACAGUUUAUGCAGUGACAUUUAGAAAUUUUCAAGUGCUAUAAUAUAAUAUCAUGUUGCUUAAAAGUCAAAUGUAGCUUAUUUUGCAAGGAUGCUUGCCCAUGGAAAAAAUAAAUUGUGCAGUCUUGAAUCUUUGUUGAUCUGGCUGGGUGGUCAUUCUAAGGCAUGUUGCACUGUUAUAAUGUUUUCAGUCGUGCAGAUAUUUUUUAUAUCUAAGUUAAUUGAUACAGUAUUUUAUACAUUCUUGAUGUUUUUGUUCAGUAUCUGUAGUGCUACAUGUACUUCAUUCAUUGAUUAAUCUUUUUGUUUUCAUUCUUAUGUUGUUGGCAGGCGAUUAUUUCCCCAUAUAAUUCCACUUUAUAUUCAAGGCCUUUCUGCAGCCAUUGGUAAGUAUGCAUGGUUAAUUAUUAUUUAAUAAAAUUUUUGUCAAUAUUUUUAAUGAAACAAGAACGCCGCAGCUUUUGACACUUAAUGUUUAAAGCUGUCAAUUAUUUAUUACUUUUGAUAUUAUUUUGCAUAAGACUGUCGGUUACAAGUGAAUAAAUGGAUUUCACUUCAAUAAGAAUGGAAAAUUAUAAAAACCAAUUAAUAAGUAAAGUUAAGAAUCUAAAAGAUGAUAAAAGAUAAGCACACAAAGAAUCUCUCUCAAAUUCAGGUUUGUACAGUUUUUCUUAUUUGUUUGAGUUUUUAAAAGCAGUGUUUCACCCAAGUUUAUAGAGCUUUGUGUGGAAAUGCUAAUAUGGCCACAGAACUAAUGCUACCAGGUAACUACAGUCAGACUGUUCAGAAUGCAAAAAGUCAUGUGACACCUUCCUUAACUUGGUGCCACCAUUCUUUUUGUGCUCUAUUACAAAACAAAGAACACUAUUGUAAAGACAAUAAAAUAAUUAUUAGCCAGUUCUUAUUAACUUGUGAACUAAAGACUGUGAGAUUUGAAUUUCAUUUAUUUUAAAUUUACAUCUUAAAGUGCAAACCACCUCAGUUAUUAUUUAACACACUGUAGGUAGGCUCCUGUCACCCCUUUCUAGAUAGAAAAAAAUCCUCCAGUCAAUACUGAAGCUUUCUGUGAAUCCUCAUUCUUGACCUUGGAGUUUUUCCUUGUCUUAUUUGUGAGAAAAAUUGGAAAAUCGGUUUUCAAUGUCCGAGUCUCAGACUGCCCGAAUUUUUAACCUGAAAUUCGCUAACAUUAGGGACCUUAAGCAAAGGCAUUUUUGAGCAACGCACGUCAACCGGAAGUGAGGCGUUCUCCCUUUUUAUAUGCCUUGACGCUAACAAAACUUGUAUUGCUGAGUUUCUUUUCUUUUUUAAAGACGAUUUACCCGAGAGUUUCAACCAAACCACUCCCCAAUGAUGCAAAAAGUCCACUUCCGGUUGACGUCCGUCGCUCAAAAACGCUGUUGCUUAAGCUCCCUAUUAACUUUCCUCACGUUCUCAAACGAAGCAGCAUGGAGAAAUUUGGACACUUUCCAUGGACAGAAUAUUUCUUUUUCUUCCGCUUAAAGAUACUUUCAGGGUAAUAGCAAAGCUCGUCGUACUGAAAUAAUCCAAAAAUGAUGAAUAGGUUUUCAGGAUAGCAAAAACUUAAGUUCGUUAAGACAUACCUGGGAAUUGGCUUGGGUUAUUGAAGGAAAUCUCUGUAAGACACCAUCAAACUGAAGUAGAUAUUUACAGCCUAAAGGCUCGUUUUUCGUACGUCUUGUAGGUUUUCCCAUUGCAAAGUUCCUUUUUUCAAUAAAAGAGUUGGGGUAAAAAGGUGAAACUUGGUCAAUUUUAGCCAUUUUAAACACUAAUCGACACUAAACUCUACCAGCCAGCAACUCUGCGUGUUCUCUGUUAGUUUAUUUUAGCACUCGCAGCUAGUAUUUGAAAGUGGGCUGGGUUACAAUUUUAAGAAUCAAUGCUACAGUAAACAUAAAGCCUUGAUUUCUUUGUUGUCUAUCUAGCUUUCCUUAUUGCUGUAGCUAAUGGAAUGGGAAGAGAGAAGGCAUUCUGUACCAGCAGAUUUUUGUCUGAAGCUCAUGAGAAUCCUACCACAUUUUGCAGAGCCCAAGGAAUAUUGAUUCAUUAUUUCACAAUAGCACUGGCCUUGUGGUUUUUAGUUUACAGCAUCAACUUAGUUCAGGUGAAAGAAAAAAAAACAUCCCUGGAUGAUUUGACUGAACCUGGUUAUCUUACUAGCUCUCUACCUUGUACCAAGGCUUGUUGUGGACCAAGGGCAAGCAUGGGAUGCAUGUACAUUAUUUUAUUUAUCUCCCAUAGGCUGCACUGUAUUUGGUUGAAGCUUUAACCUUUCCACUCCUUGACCACAUUAUGGCAAGAUUAUUUGUCACUCUAACUUUUAAAUCUGUGGAUGAAAUUCUGAUGGUGUUACCACUUAAAUGAAACCUCUUCAGCAGUACUUUCUCAUGGUACUAUUUAUUUAGUAUAUAGUUUUAACUUUAGAGUCUGUGGAUGAAAUCCUAUGGUGUUACGAUUCAAAUGAAACCUCUUCAGCAGUACUUUCUCAUGGUACUAUUUAUUUAGUAUGUAGUUCUAACUUUUGAAUCUGUGGAUGAAAUUUGAUGGUGUUACCACUUAAAUAAAACCUUCCUGGCAGAACUAUUGCAUAAAACUAUUUAUUUCCAAGAAUUUUACGAAAAGAAAUUUGAACAAUAUUAUUUUUUGUGAAUUUUUUCUUUGGCCACCUUUAGGACAGCAAGGCUUAAUGUCUUAAGGAGAUGGUUUAUGUUGAAGGAGGCGUAAAUGUACUAGAAAUAAUAGGUUAUUAUUAUGCUCUAGUUAUGAAAUCAAUGCACUUCAUAUGAAUUGUUGUCUACCAGCUAAGGGGAUUUGUUUUUUUUAAAAUUGUUUACAACCACUGACACCCUACAACUAACUCAGCCCUGCACAAAUCUUAUUUAUUCCAGAUGAUGUACUCUGAUAGCGUUGUCAGUGUUCAGGGUCAUCAAUACAGAGUGAAACAUAUUGUUUGCUCCUGGA